AGCCUCGUCUACUUGAUGCCCAAGCACAAGUCAGCCCACAAAUCGAUGCUUCUCACCAACCUGGAGCACCCCACCCGCGUUCUCACCGACAGCGACAAGGCCGAGACGCGCGACCGAGCCGGAGGCAACCGAGGCAACCAGCGCGGUGGCUUCAAUCGAGGCAGCCCUAACAAUCGCGGUGGCGCCAACAAUCGCGCACGAGGGAACUCCAACGGAGGUCACAGCAACGGCAAUUCUAGCAGUGCUGGGUACCCCAAUUUCGGGCCAAAUGUUGGAUAUAACGCCGGAUACAACUACGGUCCGGGUGCUUACAACGGCGGAUAUAACCAGGCGGCGUACCCCCCUCCCCCACCGUGGUACGACCCAUACGCGCAGCAGCCGCAGUACGGGUACAACAACGCGAACAAUGGCGGACGCGGAGGGCAUCGUGGCGGAAACGGCGGAAAUGGCGGAUAUCGUGGCGGUCGGCGUGGCGGACGCGGUAGGCACUAGUGCGGAUCCUUUUGGGCGAUGUUCUGGGACGGAUAGGCGGGUUUGGCGGUGUUUUGGGAAUUGGAGCCCUGGUGUAGCGGUUUUGUCCGUGUUGAUACCCUAUUGAGAGGCUCCUGUAUAGGUUUUGAAAAGUUGCAAAAAAAAA